AUGGCGACCAACACGAAGUCUCACGGCCAUCCAGUGGGGGCCAAGCCGUGGCCAUGGAGGUCAAGCACACCAGCAUCUGGAUCCUCGUACCGCCGACACCAUGGAGGGCAUGGACAGCAGCAGCCACGGCACCAGCCCCAGCACAACCAGCACCACCACACCUCCCACCACGACGAGGAUCAACAGCAGCACAACGACGCCCAGUACCAGCAACAGUAUAAGUACGACUACACGACACCGAGAACGAAGCGGCACCCCUCGAGAAGACGCCACCAAGCCCCCGAAGACUCCACAAACGACCACCGACAGUUGCCAAAGCUGACGAAACGACAGUUGGAGGUCACAGAAAAGGUAAUGCCCGCCUUGCUUUCGGAUGCCAAGGGACACGAAAGCUUUUCUCUUCCUCCCGACGAGCCAGACAUACGUAGGGUUUGGCACGCCACUAAGGUGGCGCGGAUGGCACGUCUCGCCGACCAAGUCCACGGAGCCAGGCAAGCCCAAGUCGACCCGACCCGCUUGAUCGAGGAGCUAGCCAUAGUCAAGACCAUGAUACACAUGCUGGACACGCCGACGGCUCGCAUUUCACAAUACAGAUCCCAAGUGGAGUCACGGAUCCAGAGACAGCAGACCGUCGAGAGCCAGCUCAAAGACCUCAAUAAGGAGCACGACGAAAUCAAGGGCGAGAUUGCAUCCCUCAGGGCACUCAUCUCCGAGGCCAAGCAGUAUCGAGAACACGCCGAACUUUACGAAGACAGUUGUGACGGGGACGGUGAAGAUGAUGGGAGACAACGUGUCAGGGGCAAGACACCACACCCCGAGAGACGACAGCGGACACCAAUUCGACAACCGGUGCACGAGCCAGCGCCUGCUUCGACCACCAACGACAACAGCGACCUGCGGAAACUCAUUGACGUGCUGACGAGGAGAGUGGAUGAGCAGCAGCGCAACCACGGAAUACAUCAACAUCAUCUGGCGUUUCUCCACCAUGAACGAGCCGAAUCCGAUCAACACGAAGCACAACGUCAACUGCAGACCGAGCAGAUCCACGAGCUCUCGCAACAUCUACAACAUUGCCAGGAACAAUUCCAGCAAGCACAACUCCAACAGAGACAGUCGUACUACGACGAGAUCCAAGUCUUCCGACAGCGCGAAGAGCAGCUCCGACAAGAGGCUCGCGAAUCCAUCACGGAGAACGUCGCUCACUACCAGCAGAAGGAGGCCUACCUGCGCUACCAGCUCAAGGAGGAAGAGUCAGCGCACCUCGCCACCUUCAUCAUUCAGAGGAAGCAAGAGGAAGAGACCUUCAGACAUCAGCUACACGAGAACGCCGAGAUCAUGGUCCAACAAUAUCAACAACGCUGCCACGAACAACAGCAACGUCUUCUUUCCGAGAAAGCCCAGGCACAGCAGGACAUCAGCAACAUCGCGAGGCUUGAACAGAACCAGCUUCAGGACGCCAAGGAACUACUUUUGGAGGAGUUCGGACAGUUUCAGGCUCAGAAGUACCGAACCUUGACAGCCCAGAGCGAGUACAACAGCGAGAUCGACAGGCUUCGAGGCACUUCUCGCGACAUGCAGCGCUUCGAGAACGAACUCCAGGAGCAGCACCAACACCAACUACAGGAGCAUCUUCAGCAACACAGACAGGAACGCGAGCGACUGCACUGCGAACUACAGCAGGCCCACGAGUUCGGCACCAGCCUCGACGUGGACAUCCUCAGGGAGCUCGACACACAACUUCAAGAACGAGACGAGGAAGACGCACGACUGCAAGCCCAAGCAGAUGCUGAACAAGCACAAAUCGACAAACAGAACGACAAGAACCACCAACAAGGCAUCGACGUACUAGCCAUUUUGGCCAUGAUGGCGAUCGAGACCGACAAUUUUAGCCACGAGGAAGUACGGCAUGUUCGUUUCUCCCGCGAGGUUCACACCCGCGACCAGCAGACCGACAAUAUCCUCUACCACAUCGACUUCGACGAACAGGAGCCCUUACUCCAGCACCUUCGACGACUUCAGCCUCCCAGGCUUACCUUCGACUUUACCGACCGUUGCCACAACGAGGUUUCAGAGUACAUGAUUCUCGCCUGCAUUUAUACACAGACGGCUCCAAACAUCCACGCCAACAUGGUCAAGACGGAUGGUCAGUCGUACUCGUCGGAGAAGACGAAGAAGCACCGCGACUCCACCCUCAUAGAGAUCCAAAACCUCACGGACAACGAGACCACCUCGACAUCCAGCGAGAUCACAGCGCUCAUCUGGGCGAUAGCCUACAUCAUCCACAAGGACAUCAACCACAGUAUCUCGGUCCACUCCGACUCGCUGGGAGCGAUCCAACUGGCCAGGAUGGAGGCCUUCACUAAUCGGGACGCCCACCUCGUGCAGCUACUGGUGAUCAUGUAUUCGCACGUCAAGGAAUAUGUCGACCUGUGCCACGUUCACGCCCACGAGAUGAACCCGUGGAACGAAGUUGCCGACGCCGCAGCCAACUACGCCCGCAUCGAGGACUACCCGCACCCACAACCUGAAUGGGCUAACAUACUCAACGCGUCCCCUCAGCGCAGCUGGGAAUUCCUACUCGAUGCCGACAACCACACCAAAGACGCUUACCCAUCCUUUUCACCUGGGAUGCUCAAGGCCCAACGCAUCGAUACCACGGCAACGGCAGCCCACCUUACGACACCAGCCAAGUCCACGAAGACCUCGACCGAGAUAGACGUCAACGUCGCCACCUACAACAUCCAGUCAGGGCGCGAACCUGGCCAAGGCGCUCGAAGACGAAAAGAAAAGAUUCACAAGCUCAGAAAGACUAUGCUCAACCUGUACAUGGAGGACCUCCACCUGAUCGGCAUCCAGGAAGCACGCACGCCCUGGGGAGUUCGCAGCGGCAACGACAUCACCAGCACGAGUGCGUACGCCUACCACGUCAUCUCAGGUGGCCACGACCAGUACAACCUCGGCUGCGAGCUCCACAUACUCACCAGCAAGCCGUACGGAAAGGCAGGUGCCAAGGACCUCUACUUCCGCCCCGAUCAGUUCACCGUCAUCGAGCACAGCCCUCGACACCUAGUAGUAAGGAUCGAAGCCCCAGGCUUUCGACAUACAGUCUGCGUCGCUCAUGCACCACACUCACGAGCCAAGCCACACGAGAAGGAUAUCUUCUGGGAGAUGAUCGAGUGCGCAACUUCUAACCACAACAUCGACAUCUUCUUCAUCGACGCCAACGCUCGAACGGGCAGUUUAUGCAGUCAGGCAAUCGGCGAUCAAGGCUUCAAGCAAAAGGAGGACGACAACGGCGAACGAUUCCACAAGGUCCUGCAAGGUAACUCUCUCAUAGCCGCGAAUACCUUCAAAAGCGGAGGCCAGGACCACUACACAUGGGACUCAGGCAAGGACGUGCACAGACUGGACUACAUAGUGGUUGGCCACGAGCUCUUCGACUCUACCUCCUACACGUCCGUAAUGUAUGGUAUCGACACAGAACACGACCACUCACACAAGAACGACCACUUCCCUGUCAAGGCUAACCUCGCCUAUAUCGUCGAGACCACAUACCAGCACGGCACGCCCAAGCUCGACAUCGCUAAGCUCGACUCCGAGACAGCCAAGAACGACUUUCAACGACGCCUGCAGCAGAUCCAACACCCCCCCUGGGAGACCAACCUCAACGACCAUACUAAGAGCAUCGUCGAUCAGAUAAAGGACGCAGCCUACGCCAGCUUCAAGAAGCAGCAUCAUGCCCCACGCAAGCCCUACAUUACCGAGGCCUCAUACGCGCUUCUUCGCUUUCGACGCACCCUCCUCAAGACGAUCCGCAUCGUGAAAAGGAAUGGCAUGGGCUCCAAGAUAUCACGCAGACGGAUCCGAUACACCGCGCACCUCAUCGCAAACCAGACGGCUUCAGCGUCCCCUGACGACGUCAUCCACCUCAUGGACAUCCCUGGAUAUACUCAGCUGAUGAUCAAGACCAUCCUCUUUAUCAACCACGCGGACCCCGACCAGACUACGGCUCCAUACCACGACAGCACCCACUGCACAACCACCUUCACUACAAACCUUUUCGACUCAUACAUGAGCUUCAUCAAAGAUACCGACAGAGUUCUUAGGAACCGCCUCGAUCACGACCGCGACGCCCACCUCGAGCGCCUCUCCGACAACAUGAUACUAUCAGCUGCAGGGAACGCCCCGCGGCAGGAAUGGGCAAACGUGAGGGCAUUACUAACAUACGGCGGCCGCACACCUAAGAGAACUCCGACUCCCAAAAUACGACAAGACGAUGACGGCGCUCCACUUACAACGCCACAAGCCAUUGCGGAGCACGCCCUUCGAUACUACGGCAACAUAGAGAACGGCAUCAACACCGACAUCGAAGGCGUCGUCAAGUACUACAACAACAAGACUGCCCACACCAAGCCGAUACCCCACAUCGACAACGUCCAGACCAUCCACAAUCUGACAUCCGCCCUGGCAGCCGCCAAGAAAGGCAAACGCGGCGGGCCCGACGGGAACACCGACGACAUGGCACGAGCAGCGCCGCGCCAGAUUGCCCGACUUCUGCACCCUAUCAUGAUGAAGAUGCAAAUGAUGACGACGGAGCCUAUUUCGGCGAAGGGCGGUUUCUCCACCCAUUUCUCCAAAGGACAAGGACAGCUUCAUCUGCAGAAAGCAUACAGGGGCAUCCUCCUGAACAACACUAUAGGAAAGAUCAACAGCAAGUUCCUGAGAGGCCUCUUCCGCGACAUCCUACCCGACCUGCUCAUGGACACACAAUGCGGCGCCGUCCCUCACAAGGCGACCGACUUCAUCACUCACACCGCCUACACUUUCUUGGACGACUGCCGUACACAGGCUCGCACGGGCAGCAUCCUCUUCCUGGACUUGAAAGAAGCCUUCCAUUCGGUAAUAAAGGAGUUCAUUUUUCAGCUGCCGACUCAGGAGGACGAGCUCGAAGACGUCAUCGACAACAUCGAGAUUCCCAUAUGCCUACUCCCAUCCCUACGACAACGUCUUCGCUGCCCAGCACAUCUCAACGCCCACGUCGACGACUCUCACCUCUGCGCCCUAGUUGCCGACCACCACACGGCCAACUGGAUGACCGCCAAGGGCACCGACGCAUAUGUGAUCCCUCGCACCAGUACCAGGCCAGGGGUGCCAUACUCCGACGCAGCUUUCAACAUGCAUUUCUCACUGGUGCUUCAGGCCAUCGCCGACGACGCUGAAGGGGCAGAAGACGGCGAAAGCGGCCACCACAUCAGCCCCUGCGACAACCCGCUCUUCUCUACGGCCCCUCACCAAGGCGGCAAGCUGACCAACAUGUCCUUCGUCGACGACCUCACCGACUUCAACUCGACCACACACCACUCCGACAUCAUUGACAUUACGAGAACUUCAGCUGAACGUCUAUGCCGUACAGCCUUUACAUACGGGCUCAAGCCACACCCAGACAAGACCAAGGUCAUCAUCUCCUUUAACGGGACGGGCUCCAACGUCGUGCGCAGCAGGCUUGCACAGCAAAACAUUACAUCAAUCAAGUUGAGCAUCAUGUCGAUCUCGGUCCAAAUCACAGACCAGCACCGACUAUUAGGCACCAUCAUAACCAACGGCAGCAUGGGCCCCGAGGUGCAGAAUCGCAUGCAACGAACCGACGCUUCGGCACGAGCUCUGGAGAGGCAAAUCCUAAGACGUCGACGCCUACCCCGCAAAACGAAGAUCAAGUACGUGCACGCCCUCUCGACUGCCUCAUUGACCUUCAACCAUCACGUCUGGCCAGCACUGACUCAGACUGACCACCAGCGCAUAUCCAACGCCUACUCGAAGCCCUAUCGCACGGCAGCUGGAUUACCCAAAGUUAACUCGCAGCUUCAUCAUUUCACGGCCACCGAAGUAGUAGCCUACACCGGCAUCCCCGACUUCGACCACCACCAGUCUGCUGGACGGCUGCGAUACUUACCACGGCUUCUACGACACGCUCCUCAGCAGCUCCUACAACUGCUUGACAACCAGCGACGGAGAAAGGGCUCAUGGACAUACAUGCUUUUCCAGGACUUCGACUUCCUGCGCACAUACCUGGACGACCAGCGCUGGCCCACGACCAGCAAGCUCGACCCCGACAUCAUCGCAUGGGCUCGCACCACGCCGAGGCACUUCACCAACUCCGUCAACCUGGCUGUCACAAACUACAUCCGCGCCUCUAAAGACAGUGCCCACGCCGACAAGCUGACCAAGGUGCUCAGACCAGACGGCCCCAUCGGGGCGGGCACCACGCCAUCACGUGACAACGGCGACAGCAACUUCAUUUGCUACGAGUCGGACUGCAGCCUGCAGAUCCGACGACCCGAGCUGGCCGUAACAGGGCCCAAGAGCUUCGAGGCGGACGCCUACCGCGGCAAGAUGACCGUAGGGAUCAAGGCGGCCGCCGACACCAUCACGAACGUCACGGCGGCCUACGCGUGCACGGCCGGCGGGCGCGGGCCGUGCGAGCAGUCUCCCGUGCCGCCCCUGCGGGACGAGUACACCGACCUGGCCCCCCUGCUGCAGGGCGAGACCUGGCAGGAGGCGACCGCCGACGUCGCCGCCACCGCGGCCCGCGCCUCUGGGAGCUGCGACGACGCGGGCCCCGCCCCGGCGCAGAGGUGGAUGCGCAGGCUGCGCCGGUCGCUGGAGCGGCUGGACGCCCGGGGAGCCGAGCCGGCGCUGGAGCUCCUGCGGCAGCUCAACACCUGGCUGGCCAGCGGCUCGGACGCCGCCGCCGCCGCGCGCUGCGCCGCCGCGGGCGCGGGCGUCGCCGGCGGGCUGGUGGACGCCAUCCGGCGCGCUGGGGCCGCAGGGAGCCCGGGGGGCGCGGAGCUGGCCGUGGCGCGCGAGGCUUGCAGGGCCGUGGGCCUGUGCUGCGCCAGCGGGGACCCCGAGGGCGCCGCCCUGGCGGCGCUCCUGGCGCGCGAGGAGGGCGCGGUGGCGGCGCUCUGCGAGCUGAUGCGGCGCUGGCCCGCCGACGCCGACGUGCUCGCAGGCGCCUGGGGGGGCCAGAACGCGCUGGCUGCCGCGCGCGGCGCGGCGCUGGCGACGCACGCGGCCACGGGCCUCGCGCGGGGCGCAGCAGCGGCUUGCCGCUUGCUGCGCACCGCCGAGGGCUUGUGCCGCGCGGCUGUGGCGGAGCUGGAGGCGUCCAAGUCUCGCCAGCCUGCCGCGGAGGCCGCUGGGGGUGCUGCGGAGCCGCCUGCGGCUCCCGCGGCGCCCGCGGCGUCUGCUCGGCCUGGAGGCGGCGCUGACCCCGCGGUGCGGGCUGCGCGGCGGCGCCGCCGCCGUCAGCGCUGCGCUGCGCGGCGCGCGGCCGCCAGGGCGAAUGCUGUCCCGUCGGAGGACGCGGCGCCCCCCGCUGCGGCGGCGGUCGGUGCCGCGGCGGCCGCUGGGGCUGCUGGCGCGGGCCGCGGGCUCGAGCUGGUAGCCGUGGCGGCCUCGGCCGCCUCCGACGACGCGAUGGACGACGAGUGGGCCGAUGGUCUCGUUCGUGCGGCCCCCGCGGAGCCCGCGCCGUCCGCCGCUGGUGCGGCGAGCGCGGCGGGCGGAGCGGAGGCCACCGCUGGCGUUUCUGGUUCGGCGGCUGGUGCUGCUGCGGUCGUGGAGGCCGACGCGGAGGGGCGGGCUCGUGCGGCGCUGCGCGGCGCGUGGCUCGCUCGGGGCUUCCGUGCGGCCGACUUCGACUGCUACGCCCACAAGCCGCUGGACUGGCUCCGCGAGUACUCCGAGGGGUACGGCGGCGCGGAGGAGGGCACCUUUCAGGUGGUCAGCGCCGGCGGCAGGCGAUCUCGGGGCGCUGGGCGCAGCUCCGGCGCAGGGAGGGGAUCGCGUGGGAGACGGUGAGGGCCCAGCCGUCUUGCGCGCUGGCCCGCCGUCCCCCCCCCCUCCCUGCUCAUCGCGGUGCACUUCGGCGGGUGGGCCGUCGUGCACGGGUGAAGUACGUCGACUGCGGCUUCUUCACGGUCGGGGGGUCCAGGCACCUCAGGUGGUGUUCUGGCCCCCCGCGGUUCGAGUCGGCGAUUAGGAUCGAACCUCUUCGCAAUGUCGAGUCUAGGAGGAGGAGGAGGGCCCCAGGAUUUGGUGACCGUCCGCGACGUCCGAGCCGACGGCACCCUCGGCCCUUCGCUCAAUCCUGGGCCGCAGGCGCGGCCGUGGCUGUAGGCCGCUGUUCCCGUUAUCUCUCUCUCUCUCUCUCCUCUUCCUCCUCUUCCUUUUCCUGGUUUUCCUCCUCCCGCUUCGCCCUUUCCCCCCAGCUCGUCCUGGAAGUCCAGGUGAGGGCCGAGCCCGCUGCCAUGGCGGGUGCGGCGUGUGGCCGUCGUCCUCGCUGUCGCCUUCCUCGUCGGCAUCGCCAGCACUGUCGGCAGGCAGCCUUCCCGAGCCUGGCAGCUUGCUCAUGGUGCCGGCGUUUCCGCCGAGAAUCUUGCGGAUAAGCUCAACCCGGGCGUGCCCGCGCGCAUUUGAUGAUCAUCGCGCUGCCAGCGUUGAGGCCGA